AAUCAUGCAUUGAAGCGAUAUUCCGCUCGCUCAAACAGUAGGUCACGAUUUGACAACUGGACAAAGUACUGUUUCUUUUUCUAAUUUGGAGCAGCAAUAUGCUUUGUGAGCAUGAAAGUACUCGGAUUGCCAGCAGCAGAACAUGCGGAGGAGCUUCCAUGCUGCCUGCGUCUUUGUCUCAAUUGGAUGUCAUUCAGAAUAAUGACACCCGAUCAUUAUUUUGACAGUUGCGCUUUGUGAGAGGUAGGAAGUACACCAGAUGUGGUGAACCGAAGCAAGAGCUCGAGUACAGCAUGAUACGAUUGGUUACACACAUGGCAAAAAAUGCACAUGUUUACGUGGAGAUGGGCAAAAAUUAUGCAAACAGUAGUGAAGCGGUUUUCAAUGCUAUCUACGUCACCUUUGCAAUAAGAUUUGGAUUUUUGUUCGCAAAAUGGUCGGAAGUCACAUUUGCCCAGCCUUUUUGAAACCCCAGUGGCCGGCACUGGGUUGUUAGGAUUCCAUACCAAUCUCUCGUUUUCCAUGGCAACGACGUCUCCGGCACUCCCUUUCCAAGAUCGCGUUCUCAAACUUGUCAAGGUAAAUUGAACUCUUUCAGCGAUGGGCCACGCUCAAUCCACUAUAGUAUUAACAUCACUCGCAUCUGCGUAGAACCCUCAAUUUGCUUGG